GUUCAUUCUCUUUCUCGCCAUCUAUAUGCCCUAAUUCAGUCAUGGCUUUCUCCUGCCAACUUCAAUCUAAACAAAACUGUUCGCUUAUGUUUCCGAAUUUUAUGAUUUUCUCGAUCCUGUUACUGCUCCCCUUUGCAAGUUCUGUUUCUUUCAAUUAUUCCAGUUUCCCAACAAACAUUCCCAAUAUAAUAUUUGAAGGAGAUGCAUUCCCAUCUAAUGAUGUCCUCCAAUUGACGAAGAAUCAAGCAGAUAAUAACCUCACAAGAAGUGUUGGCCGCGCCACAUAUAAUCAACCUGUGAUUAUUUGGGAUGCCAAGACUCGGAGGCUUACAGACUUCACAGCCCACUUCUCCUUUAUUAUUAGGGCACUUAAUACUUCUAAUAAUGGAGACGGUAUAACUUUCUUCUUUGCUCCAUUUGAUUCAACGAUUCCUGACAACUCAACCGGUGGAUAUCUGGCACUGUUUAGUCCUGAUACUGCGAAAACUAAUACUUCCAAGCAAAUUGUUGCGGUGGAGUUUGAUAGUUUCCAAAAUGAAUGGGAUCCGAGCUCUGAUCAUGUAGGAAUCAACGUUAAUUCCAUUAUCUCUGUAGCGACUGUCGACUGGAAAAGCAGCAUUAAGAAUGGAUCAAGGGCUAAUGCUUGGGUGAGUUACAACUCUGGUACACAAAAUUUAAGUGUCUUUCUAACUUAUGUGGAUAAACCUGUCUUCAUUGGCAAUUCUAGUCUUUGGUAUAUUGUUGAUUUGAGGGAAGUUCUCCCGGAACGGGUUAAGGUAGGUUUCUCUGCAUCUACAAGUGAGGUUGUUGAAAUACAUAACAUAAUUUCUUGGAGUUUUAGUUCAACCUUGGAUGAGACUAAAGGAAAAACCAAUGUUGGGUUAAUUGCUGGUUUAACUGUGGGUAUUGGCGCUUUAAUAUGUGGAUUGGGUGUGAUUUUGUUCAUCUGGUGGAGAAAGACGGCAGGUGUGAAUACGGAAGAUGAGGCCAUUGAUGAAGCUAUAGACGACGAAUUCGAAAAGGGGACAGGACCUAAAAGGUUCACUUAUCGUGAACUGAGUCGAGCCACAAACAACUUUGCAGAGGGAGGCAAGUUAGGGGAGGGAGGAUUUGGCGGUGUUUAUAAAGGUUCACUGAGCGAUCAGAACACAGAAGUGGCUGUCAAGAGGGUCUCAAGAGGAUCAAAACAAGGGAAAAAGGAAUACAUUUCAGAAGUGAGGAUCAUUAGUCGUUUGAGACAUAGAAAUUUGGUUCACCUGUUUGGUUGGUGUCACCAACAAGGUGAAUUGCUUCUUGUCUAUGAAUUCAUGCCAAACGGAAGCCUUGAUGCUCACCUCUUUGGCGGAAAGGCCAUGCUUUCUUGGACUGUACGUUACAAAGUAGCGCUUGGCUUGGCUUCUGCUUUGUUAUAUCUUCAUGAAGAGUGGGAACAAUGCGUUGUUCACAGAGAUAUCAAGUCUAGCAAUGUCAUGUUGGAUUCCAAUUUCAACGCCAAAUUAGGCGAUUUCGGUCUUGCAAGACUUGUAGACCAUGAUUUGGGCUCGCAGACUACAGUUUUGGCCGGCACCCUGGGCUACCUUGCUCCGGAAUGCGUCACAACCGGCAAGGCGAGUAAAGAAUCCGAUGUUUAUAGCUUUGGAGUUGUCGCCCUCGAAAUCACAUGUGGACGAAGGCCAGUUGAACCGAGGGAAGAACCGAGUAAAGUAAGGCUAGUGGAGUGGGUCUGGGACCUCUACGGAAAAGGCCAACUUCUUGAAGCUGCGGACAAGAGAUUAAUGAGAGAUUUCGAUGAGAGGCAAAUGGAAUGUUUGAUGAUAAUUGGGUUAUGGUGCUGCCAUCCUGAUUACACUCUUCGUCCAUCUAUAAGACAAGUGAUAAAUGUUCUCAACUUUCAGGCUCCAUUGCCCAGCCUUCCCUCAAAGUUGCCGGUGCCAAUGUAUUAUGCACCGCCCAUGGAUCUCUGUAAGUUCACCUACAAAUCUUCCGGCGUCACGCAAUCAUCAGUUAACAGUUACUCUACAUAUUCGUCAACAUCAGCAGGCUCAACAACGGAUCUUCUAAAUUCUCGAAAAGCUGAUACUUGACUAUU